AUGCCACCAUUACUUCCUCGGUCGGCUCUCCUCCCAAGAGGAUCCAUAUCACGAGCCCUCUUCUCCUCCACCGCCGCCAGACCCUCGCCGCCCGAGAUCCCUCCAGAGUCCCCUCUUUUCAUAAACAUUCCGAACCCGCCGCAAGAUCAGUCCAUUGAAGCCCUGCGCGAACUCAAGCCUAUCAAGGGUCAUCUACCCGUACCGCGCCAGGUUUUCAAGAAGCGUGAUGGUCACCUUAAGCCCCAAGAUGAAUGGCUUUCGCGGUCUGCACCUGAGCCCUCCUCCGAACGCUCUAAACAGGCCCCUCGCUCCGAGAUUCAAGCAUGGAAGCGCCAAAUAGCCGCUUCCCGCCGAGAGAACAUGCGCGAGGGUGUUCGCGCUCUAUACUCUCGGAAGCAGCUCUUCGAUAGCCGGCGACUUGAGCGGCAGACUGCGAGGCUAGCUGCCCACAGAGCCGCUGCUACGGCCCCCGAGCGUGAGGACGAGCGGUUAACUCGCGGCUCGAUCAACGCCGGCACAUUACAAACUAAGGUACAUCCGGACCCGGAUCGUUUCGAGCGGGCCCUCGAAUCCCGCGCGCGCACCGAGUCCCUGACCACACAGAGAAGCGAGGCCCGUCGUGACGCAAUCCAGGAGCUAUAUAUGAAGGCACGAUCCUUCAUCGUCGACGAAAAGGAUCUAGAGACCGAAGUCGAGCGCCUGUUUGCCCCUGACUACUGGAAGAAGAUGGGUCUGUCUGCUAGCGGUUACGAGGUGAACAAUAUCUGGGACUUGGACGGCAAGCCCAAGACCAUUGCCAAUAUGCUGAACGAUGUAUCGCGGACUACAAGUCUAUUGGUGAAGAACCUAGAAACAGAGAAGACCCGAACCCUCAAGAGGCAGAAGGAGGUUGCCGAGGAAUUGACUGGUGGUAAACUGGACGAAGUCUUGUAA